AUGGCUGCAAACUUGCAAUCACGGUUUCCAGGAGUGGAGUUUGUCGGAGAGAUGUCGUCAACAACCUUCAUUGGAAAUGUAACCAUAUCUCCAGGGGCAAGGAUCGAUCUGUCUCAAGGAGUUCGUUUAUGCGGUAGUACUGUUGGCCGCGACGCAAUCAUCGAAGGGGGCUGCAUCAAAGGCUCUAUCAUUGAAGGCCGUGUCUCAGGAGGGAGAAUCGAAGACACCUAUGUUGGUGUCUUUGCAAGGAUCAGUGGUGGAAUGCUGCGAGGCUGCACAAUCCAAGGUCAUGGCCAGGUAGGGGGUGGCAGUACCCUUCAAGACACUGCUGUGACCGACAACGCACAAAUCAGCGGCGGUCAAGCUUGCGACUCCGAGAUAUCUGGCAACAGUCGGGUCACCGGAGGAUUUCUUGUCCGGUCCAUUGUUCAGGAUGAUGCGCUGGUGACUGGAGGACAGGCAUUCGAUUCGUUGAUUUUCAAGCACGGUCAUCUCAGCCACGGACGGAUCGUGGAGGCGCAAAUCGACGGUAAUCCACUCAGCUUGCGUCCAACUGGCCGAGGCGAGAAAUACCCUCGUCAGGAUGCCAGUAUUCCCCGAGCCCCUGACACGGCUGUGUCACGUCUUUCGGAGAAAUCGAGGAACUGCCAGCCCCCUGAUGUUCUCGUUGACCAAUUGACCGGCAACCUUAUCAUUCAGGCAGCUUGCACGCCAGACGGUGAGACCUACGACCAGUCAAGUCUCCACCGACUGGCUGUCUCUCAGGCAUACGGAAGAUGCUAUCCUAACCGAGAGAUUGAGCAUCUCAGCGACCGAUGGCGACAAUAUGCGGCUGCCUGUGACUUGAUGCGCAUCAAAGGUCACACCGAGUAUCCCCCAUUCCCCCUCCCUCGAUUUGUCGACCCCAUUACAUCCCAGCCAAUUAUUGCCGCCCUGUUAUGUUCUUGUGGCCAGACGUAUGACCGAUCGAGCAUUGAACAGUAUAUUCGGCAACACCAUUCCUGUCCUAUGACUGGCCACCCGCUCCAGAGAAAGGACCUAUACGUCAACCAGGCCGUUCAAAGGAUGAUUGCAGAUCAACUCAGAUGCCGCUACCGUGAGGGUGAGGAUUAA